CGGGAAGGUCUUCCUCAGCUUUGGGUCAUCUCCUUGGCUUGGGGAAAUGUUGGGGGAGGGGGCAGGAGACGUCCUCCACUCCAGCGAAGGACCCUGUCCUUCCUGCAAGGCAGUCCGCGGGAGGCAGAGCCUGAGUCCUGCAGCGUGUGGGACCCCCAGCACUUGAGUGCACUUAGAACCCAGGGCACAGAUGGCCCCACCGCCUCCUGGGGAUCGCGCUGCACUGAAGGAAGCUGCCUGCGCGCAAGUCCCAGGGGACCAAGUGGCGUGGGCCGAGCGCUCGCUCACCCCCAGCGCGCGCAGCCUGGUCGGGUGGCCCGCGGAGCUUGACCUUGGGGAAAACCGGUCGUCUGGUUGCGCAGUUUCAAGAAGUCCGACUACCUUGACGUACACUUGGAAAGAGCCGGCUUCGAGCCUCUUCUAGCGCCAAAGCGCCCGCCCACCCUGGCGAUCCCCAUGCACCUGCCGGGCUGCGCGCCUGCCAUGACCGAGGGCAGCUUCUCGCUCGCUGGCCACUUGCUCCGCAGCCCGGGUGGCAGCACCUCGCGGCUGCACAGCAUCGAGGCCAUCCUGGGGUUUACGAAGGACGAUGGGAUCCUCGGCACCUUCCCGGUGGAGCGGGGCGCCAGGGGCGCAAAGGAGAGGGAGAGAAGGCUGGGUGCGCGGCCCGCCUGCCCCAAAGCCCCCGGGGGAGGCGAGGAGCCCUCGCCCCCGACAGCCCCAGCGUCCGCCCCGGAGUACGAAGUCUCUCGCCCCUAUUGCCCCAAGGACCCCGGAGAGGCACGUCCGAGCCCAGGGCUCCCUGUCGGGCCAGCUGCGGGAGACGCUAAGCUGUCGGAGGAGGAGCAGCCCAAAAAGAAACACCGGAGGAACCGCACGACUUUCACCACCUACCAACUGCACGAGCUGGAGCGCGCGUUCGAGAAGUCUCACUACCCCGAUGUAUACAGCCGCGAGGAACUGGCGGGCAAAGUCAACCUACCCGAGGUCCGCGUGCAGGUGUGGUUCCAGAACCGACGGGCCAAGUGGCGGCGCCAAGAGAAACUGGAGGUGUCGUCCAUGAAGCUGCAGGACUCGCCCCUCCUCUCCUUCAGCCGCUCCCCGCCCUCCGCGGCGCUGGCGCCCCUGGGCGCGGGCCCGGGCGGCGGCGGCGGGCCUCCGGGGGGCGCCCUGCCGCUGGAGUCGUGGCUCGGGCCGCCGCUGCCCGGAGGGGGCGCCACGGCGCUGCAGAGCCUGCCGGGCUUCGGGCCGCCGGCGCAGAGCCUGCCCGCCAGCUACACCCCGCCGCCCCCGCCGCCGCCGCCGCCGCCGCCCUUCCUGAGCUCCCCGCCGCUGGGCCCCGGCCUGCAGCCGCUCGGGCCCCCGCCGCCCGCCUACCCGUGCGGCCCCGGCUUCGGGGACAAGUUCCCGCUGGACGAGGCGGACCCGCGCAACAGCAGCAUCGCCGCGCUGCGCCUGAAAGCCAAGGAGCACAUCCAGGCCAUCGGGAAGCCGUGGCCGGCGCUCUAGGGCCCCGGGAGCGUGCAGGGCGGGAGGCGACCCGAGCAGCCGCGCGCACCGUGCGCCCCGCUCUCCCCGGACCUCGCCCUCGGUGCUCUCCGCGCCCCGCCCGCGCAUCAGGACUCGGCUGCUCCCGCCCGACUCAAGGGACAA